UCACUUUUAGAUACGUAUAAAUUUGUUCGCAGUUUAGUAACAAAUUUCUAAAUAUACUCCUAUAUAAUGACUUGCAAAUGUGAGUAAACUUGAAUGUUUCAACAUCCACAGAAACACGAGCGCAUAUAUCGGUCUAUGCUGCUUUAUCUUAUCCCGGUAAAGGUUUGACAAAAGUGAAUUUCAAUAAAAAUAAAAUCAAUGGAACAGUUGCAAACGGCUCUUACGGCAAUAAAAGUGUUGCGAUCAAGUGUAGGUCAAGUUUUUGAUUCUUUGGGAAGUGGACUUCGUGCGGAACAUGGAGACGAAAAUAAGGAAACAAAAUAUUUAUUGGAACUUCAGGAACUCUUGACGACUGUUAAUGUUAAUUUAAGAGAUGUCGAGCAGGCAGUGAGUAGUUUAAACCCUCCACCAGGCCCAUUUAAUUUAGCAAGUACUGCCUAUCUGAGUCAAGAAACAACACAAGAAAGACAGGCCCUUUAUGGCACUCUUGUUAAUAGUUAUAAAUGGACUGAUAAGGUUCAUGAAUAUAGCAACGUUGCACAGGCAUUGCUCAGUCAAAAUUCUUUGAAACGAUCCUAUACAAAUUCUAAUAGAACAAAAAGAGGGAGAAUACAAACAAGUAGUCACAACGUGUCACCACAGCAAGUUGAUUCAUUGAUAUCAACAUUUGAUCGUCAAUUCAAUGAUAUGACAGUCUCUGUAUCACGACCAUUUGCGUCUAACGCUGUACUCCAUGUAACGUUAGGACAUGUUUUGAAAGCAGUGAUAGCAUUUAAAGGAUUAAUGAUUGAGCGAGUAGUUGUCACAGGAUAUGGUGAAACGAUGGACUUAUGGACAGAGUCCCGUCACAAAGUAUUUAGAAAAGUAACAGAGAAUGCUCAUGCUGCAAUGUUACAUUUUUACUCUCCUGCGUUACCUGAAUUGGCUGUGAGGUCAUUCAUGACUUGGUUCCACAGUUUAAUCAACUUAUUUAGCGAACCUUGCAAACGCUGUGGACUGCAUCUUCACAGUGCACUGCCUCCAACAUGGAGAGAUUUUCGUACUCUGGAACCUUAUCAUCAAGAAUGUAAACCUUAAUUAUACAAAUCAUCAUUAUGAUCAUCAUCGAAGAUAAAAAAGUAUUUUAAAUCGAAAUACAUAAUAUUGUCAGAUGCUCCUGCGAGAUUUAUAAUUUUUUUUCUAUAAGCAACUCCAAUCUCUCAUAAAGUGUUAGUUCAUUAUCCAGACAACUGAUAUUCAAUAACUGUACAUUUUAUUUUCUAAUAAAACAAUUAUCAACAGACA